AUGGCAAUUUGGCGCUGUGACUGCCAAGGCUGCGACAAACCGGCUAUAGGGAAUGUUUUCUUUGUGAUCGCCAUCUUUGCGUGGAAUAACCAAGGCCAGAGUAUUAUACAUGCCCGAAAUGCGAGGGACCACCACGACGAGUUGAAAAUUGCCAGACAAUGGGUAUCAAAGGGGCAGGAAGGCUUUGACAUCUCCCUAAAUUACCAGCAGGAUGUGAAGAUACCUAUGCCUGGAUCCCACAAUGCCAUUUUAAUACAACCUAAUCUCAUUCAAGGCAUCAAUGGACCGAGCACGCCACCAGUCAUUCCAGGCUGUGACGGAACUGACAUAGUCCAAAGCGUGGGAGCGUGCGUCCGUGGUUUUUGUGUAGGCGAUCGAAUACUCACUCGCGAUGCCCCAAAACUUGUUGGAUCUCAUGGAGACGACGCAUUCGCAGGUGUCGCUUAUACUCUAUCUUACCUUGGUCAUGGAUCUGGCGGCACCCUUCGUUCCCAAUAUGUUUUCUCCGAAGCGGACCUUGUCCAUGUGCGGAAGUCUUUCGACUGGGUUCCUGUCUCUACCUUGAUCUGGACCUGGACUACCACGUGGAACGCUCUAUUUGGUUGA